AAAACUGAAGUUGACAAACGUAUCCUGUUGAAACUUUGUUGUAAGGGUUUAUAUUUUCGAAGAAAAAGAUCAUGCACUGCUCCGAGAUUUCCAAGCACACUGGCCGUUCAGCAAACAGGCGACGAUGCCUGGAUUGAGCCUGCGUUUUGUUAUGAUUUCCAAGUGAAAUGCAAUUACUGCUAUCUCUCACUCGGUAGUCGGUUUGUGGACUAGUGCGCUUUUUCUCUGAACUUGUUCGUCGCCUCCGGAGCAAACCAUGGAUCACUAUGAGGAAGAUUUGGGACUCCGGGCGAGUAAAUUAAUGGAGGACCUUUCCUUAUAUGAAGCAUACAAGGAUGGAAUGUACAGUUCAAGGAGAGACAUGGUUAUCAACCCCGAUUUGGAUUUUUCGUCUCCACCGAUACCCGAGCAGAAAAGUAAGGCAACGAAUGGCAGCUCUGCGCCUCACCAACAGAUACACAGCGUUGAGAAUUACAUGUCUGGGAAUAAAGUGUACACGGCGGCUCCCGUGCGCCCGGUGAAUGGCAACAGAGCCGUUCCUGUGGAUUAUUGCACCCCUCAAAGAGACACAGUGUAUCCUAAUGAAGAUAGCUAUUGCACCAAAUCCGAAAUUGCUUUGCCGUGUUAUAGCGGCGCGUCCGAGCGGCACAGGAGGUACUCAUUGGAGGUGCAGGGGCAUAGGUACAGCACUGGUAGCGCGUACGAUGGAGUGGUUUUGAACAAGCCAGUACCCUCACCUGGCAACAGAUGCAACAGUAUUUGUAUUACCACCAACCACGACGGCAGAUACAAUGCAACCAGCCCGCGGUCCAGUUUCGUAUCCUCCCUCUCCUCCCAGGAGCAAAGCAAACAUGCAAGCCCGAGGUCGAGCAUCAGUAGCCCGCGCACGAGUCUGUUGGUACCCGGGCAAGACAAGUACACUAGUCCCAGGUCCAGUCUGGUACACUGUGAAGGGAGCAGUGCCCUCAGCCCCCGGUCUAGCUAUGCAAGUACAGCCAGCGACACAAGUAAACAUUCCAGCCCAAGGGCCAGUCUGAACAGCUAUGACUGCUGCAGUAAGCCCAGCAGUAACCGCACCAGCGGCAUCAGUAUGGGCUACGACCAAAGGCACAUCAGCCCCAGGUCCAGCACAGCGAGCCAGUAUUCUUGUACCACUAGUCCACGCUCUAGCUAUUCAGAUUCGCGUUACAUGCCUGUGGGGAACCAUGAUCUAGAGGGUGCAGUUUUGCAUGGCAUGCCGGUGGCCAGUCCCCGGUCAAGCAUCUGCAGCCAGGACGGGUGCGCAAGACCCGGGACAAUAGCUAACUGCGUCGUUAGUCCCCGGUCCAGUAUCUCCAGUCACAGUUCCAGAAGUUCCCGGAGCUCCAGGGGAUCUAUGAGCACCUACCCAGAUCUCCAACUGCCUUCACCCAGGUCCUCAAUGCUGGGGACUGGUUUGCAGGAGGACAUACUAACACAAGAUUGUGGCGAUACCAACGGUGUUCAUAGUCGUAUCCAUCUCCAAGCGCUCUCUGGGAUGCCAGAGGCCCUGCCACAGCAUGCACCACAACAGUCAACCCAGGCAGGGAUGAACACAGAGGUGACCGCUGGAUCACCAUCUUCUUCUUAUGGGCUCCAUACGAAAACUCCAGCCUCAGGGCAGAGGUUUAAACUACCUUACCAGGUGACCCCAUGCCGGGAAAGUGGCCCAAGCCAAGCAGAAAGGAGUCUGGAAGCACUCACCUUGGAGCUGGAGAAGGAGUUAGAAAUGCACAUGAAAAAAGAAUACUUUGGUAUCUGUAUCAAGUGUGGGAAAGGUGUGUAUGGAGCCAGCCAAGCCUGUCAGGCCAUGGGGAAUCUGUACCAUACCAACUGCUUCACCUGUUACUCCUGUGGGAGGAGGCUGAGAGGGAAAGCUUUCUACAACGUCAACGGCAAGGUCUACUGUGAAGAGGACUUCCUGUACUCUGGCUUUCAGCAGACCGCAGAGAAGUGCUUUGUAUGUGGUCACCUCAUCAUGGAAAUGAUCCUGCAGGCACUAGGCAAGUCCUACCACCCUGGCUGCUUCCGCUGUGUGGUCUGCACAGAGGGUCUGGACGGAGUACCUUUCACUGUGGACGUGGAGAACAACAUCUACUGUGUUAAAGACUACCACACGGUCUUUGCCCCUAAAUGUGCCUCAUGCAACCAGCCAAUCCUCCCUGCUCAGGGCUCUGAGGAGACCAUCCGGGUGGUGUCCAUGGACAAGGACUACCAUGUGGAGUGCUAUCACUGUGAGGACUGUGGCCUCCAGCUAAAUGACGAGGAGGGUCACCGCUGUUACCCCCUGGAUUGCCACCUGCUCUGUCACGGCUGCCACAUCCGCAGGCUAAAGGUCCCGGUGCCCACCCACCCGCCCCCAGCUACCCACUACACGUCACUGAGCUGUGAGAGGAACCAACCCCAACCCACCGCUGAUCCGCCUCCCAGGUGACCUGAGACAACAUAGCAGAAAGAAGAAGGAAUCCCCCACCCACGGAAUCCCGGGAACUUCGGAACAGACAGACCCUGGGAGACUUCGCUCUCUACUUGCCGGCCGUGCCCUGGGGAGAGGAGAUAGAUACAGGGCCAUGGACAAGUCACAAGACCGGGCUGGGAGAGAGUCCACGUCUCUCUCUCCCUUUCUCUCGCUCUCUCUCUCUCUCUUUCUCUCUCUCUCUCUCUCUCUCUCUCUCUUUCUCUCUCUCUCUCUCUCUCUCUCUCUCACAUCAGUUUUUUUCUCCCUCCUUUCGGUCUGUGAACAGUGAAGCAGGCUGAGGCCCCAGCCCACCCAGAUACCCUGGCUGACGUCAGCACAAUGACCCCUGCACAUUCAUCACAGUGGGGACUGGCCUGGAUGGAGGGAGGGGGCCACUCUCUCUCUGUCCCUGUCUCCAUCGCUCUCUUUUUUACUGCCUUUCUGUUUUCUUCAUUCCUUCGAGCUGAAGCCCAAUGCCAUGAUGCAUUUACUGCUCCUCUGUCAGAGAGAGAGCUGGACAGCGUCUCUGCCAGGAGGCUGGGAGGCCAUGAAGCAGGCCGCUACAUAACAUUCCAGCACUGUCUGGCAGGGUUAGAGGGUUGGACAUGCUGUGCCUUCAGAGUGGCCUUCCACUGAGAAACCUUACCGCAUGGUGACAGUGACAAUGGCACAAUCCAGCUAGCUACGGCUCCUUUUGGCUAUGCAAGGGUACCGAGUCUACCAGCAACAACCGAGCUCCUUCAUGUGACUCUGUGACACACGCUCCUGUACCAUCCCUUCAUGUGACUCUGUGACACACCCUCCUGUACCAUCCCUUCAUGUGACUCUGUGACACACCCUCCUGUACCAUCCCUUCAUGUGACUCUGUGACACAGUCUCCUGUACCAUCCCUUCAUGUGACUCUGUGACACAGUCUCCUGUACCAUCCCUUCAUGUGACUCUGUGACACAGUCUCCUGUACCAUCCCUUCAUGUGACUCUGUGACACACCCUCCUGUACCAUCCCUUCAUGUGACUCUGUGACACAGUCUCCUGUACCAUCCCUUCAUGUGACUCUGUGACACACCCUCCUGUACCAUCCCUUCAUGUGACUCUGUGACACAGUCUCCUGUACCAUCCCUUCAUGUGACUCUGUGACACACCCUGCUGUACCAUCCCUUCAUGUGACUCUGUGACACACCCUCCUGUACCAUCCCUUCAUGUGACUCUGUGACACAGUCUCCUGUACCAUCCCUUCAUGUGACUCUGUGACACAGUCUCCUGUACCAUCCCUUCAUGUGACUCUGUGACACAGUCUCCUGUACCAUCCCUUCAUGUGACUCUGUGACACACCCUCCUGUACCAUCCCUUCAUGUGACUCUGUGACACAGUCUCCUGUACCAUCCCUUCAUGUGACUCUGUGACACACCCUGCUGUACCAUCCCUUCAUGUGACUCUGUGACACAGUCUCCUGUACCAUCCCUUCAUGUGACUCUGUGACACACCCUCCUGUACCAUCCCUUCAUGUGACUCUGUGACACAGUCUCCUGUACCAUCCCUUCAUGUGACUCUGUGACACACCCUCCUGUACCAUCCCUUCAUGUGACUCUGACACACCCUCCUGUACCAUCCCUUCAUGUGACUCUGUGACACAGUCACCUGUACCAUCCCUUCAUGUGACUCUGUGACACACCCUCCUGUACCAUCCCUUCAUGUGACUCUGUGACAGUCUCCUGUACCAUCCCUUCAUGUGACUCUGUGACACAGUCUUCUGUACUAUCCCUUCAUGUGACUCUGUGACACAGUCUCCUGUACCAUCCCUUCAUGUGACUCUGUGACACACCCUCCUGUACCAUCCCUUCAUGUGACUCUGUGACACAGUCUCCUGUACCAUCCCUUCAUGUGACUCUGUGACACAGUCUCCUGUACCAUCCCUUCAUGUGACUCUGUGACACAGUCUCCUGUACCAUCCCUUCAUGUGACUAUGUGACACAGUCUCCUGUACCAUCCCUUCAUGUGACUCUGUGACACACCCUCCUGUACCAUCCCUUCAUGUGACUCUGUGACACAGUCUCCUGUACCAUCCCUUCAUGUGACUCUGUGACACAGUCUCCUGUACCAUCCCUUCAUGUGACUCUGUGACACACCCUCCUGUACCAUCCCUUCAUGUGACUCUGUGACACACCCUCCUGUACCAUCCCUUCAUGUGACUCUGUGACAGUCUCCUGUACCAUCCCUUCAUGUGACUCUGUGACACAGUCUCCUGUACCAUCCCUUCAUGUGACUCUGUGACACACCCUCCUGUACCAGCCCUUCAUGUGACUCUGUGACACAGUCUCCUGUACCAUCCCUUCAUGUGACUCUGUGACACAGUCUCCGGUACCAUCCCUUCAUGUGACUCUGUGACACAGUCUCCUGUACCAUCCCUUCAUGUGACUCUGUGACACACCCUCCUGUACCAGCCCUUCAUGUGACUCUGUGACACAGUCUCCUGUACCAUCCCUUCAUGUGACUCUGUGACACAGUCUCCUGUACCAUCCCUUCAUGUGACUCUGUGACACAGUCUCCUGUACCAUCCCUUCAUGUGACUCUGUGACACACCCUCCUGUACCAUCCCUUCAUGUGAAUCUGUGACACACCCUCCUGUACCAUCCCUUCAUGUGACUCUGUGACACAGUCUCCUGUACCAUCCCUUCAUGAGACUCUGUGACACAGUCUCCUGUACCAUCCCUUCAUGUGACUCUGUGACACAGUCUCCUGUACCAUCCCUUCAUGUGACUCAUUGACACAGUCUCCUGUACCAUCCCUUCAUGUGCCUCUGUGACACAGUCUCCUGUACCAUCCCUUCAUGUGACUCUGUGACACAGUCUCCUGUACCAUCCCUUCAUGUGACUCUGUGACACACCCUCCUGUACCAUCCCUUCAUGUGA